GGAAAAUGGCUGGUUCAGGUCCAUUACAAACAGUCUGGAAUAAUCGUUUUUUGAGACCCCCACCAAUAAUAUCUCUCUGCACUCCUUUGACUGAGAGAGGUAAAGUGAAAAUGGUAUUAAUGGUCUUGAAAGAGAUCGAGAUGGCUAAAGAGAAACAGAUAGUCCUUUCCACUGAGGAAUUUGCUUUGUGUCGUAUCAUCUACAAACUGAAUGCUCAGUUGCGGAGUGAAAAAACUCUUCAAUUCUUAAAAAGGAUAAAAGUAUGUUUAGCAAAAUUAUCUGAAAUGAAAGUGGAAAAGAUUGUGGACAAUUUAUUGCACAUUUUACAACAGAGCAAUUUGAUGGCCAGAAGUGUCUAUCUUCCUACUCAACAAAUGAUGGAGCACCUGCUAGUCAAAUUGAUGGGAGCCAAACAUCUUUACAAGCAGACAACCAAAUACUGUUUCACAGCAUAUAUUCAUCUGAAGCAACAAUUGUCCAUUGGAACUCUAGUACCCCAGAAUCUGACUCUAAUGGCUCUCAUCAGCAGGUUAUGGGUUCUGGCAAAAACCUGUCUCCUCAAUUGCACAAGGUGGUAUGGAGAACUUUAUCCAUGUCUGGAGGUCUUUGUUCCUACUGUUCAUCCAUGGUUACCAGAUGGUGUAGUUUUACCAAACACAAUUGCAGAAUCAGAUGAUGAGCCGGAGCCAUUAGAUUUGUAUCAAAGUAAUACUUAUCAGGAGAAGUAUAUGGAAAGUGUUGAACCAAAGAAGAUAAAAUACUUUAUUUUUCAGAGAGAUAUUGUCGAGGAGGACAGAGAAGAUGAAUCAUAUGAUGAAGACAAUAACUGGCUUUCUGACACAAACGAUGAAUCUCAGAUAACAUCAUCACCAGGGGACAGAAAUAAAGUCACAAGUUUACACAAGGACACGAAGAAAGGUUGCAGUGAUUGUUUUUCAAAAAUGCAACAAUCAGAAAUUGGUGAGGAUGAAGGGGAACCAGUUUCUAGAGUUCAGCAUUUGAGUAUUGAAGAAAUAUAUUCCCGAAAUUCCAGUGAGGAUGAAGGGGAACCAGUUUCUAGAGAUCAUCAAAUUUCUAGUGAGGAUGAAGGGGAACCAAUUUCUAGAGUUCAGCAUUUGAGUAUUGAAGAAAUAUAUUCCCGAAAUUUCAGUGAGGAUGAAGGGGAACCAGUUUCUAGAGAUCAUCAAAUUUCUAGUGAGGAUGAAGGGGAACCAGUUCCUAGAAUUCAGCAUAUGAGUAGAAAUAAAACUGAAACACAUCUACCAAAUUCAAGGAAAGGUAAAGGAGAACCAGCUUUUGAGAAUGUUCAACAGCAAAAUAAAGACCCACAAUAUGUAAAUGAAUGUAACUUUACUGAUUCUGGUCCAUCUGUGAAUGUAUCUAAAAGGAAGAUUCCUAAAGUCAAGAAUGAUCAGGGACAUUGUAUAUCUGGUGCUGUUUGUGGUAUGCCAGAAAUCACGGGACCAAGACAGAUGUUUUGUCACCAUGAAACUAAAGAGAGAAGUAUGCCUCAAGUCUUCAUCGAUAAUAAAGCUGUGAGGAAAUGCUCCUUUGAGGAACUAAUAACAAUACUAAAUGAUUUGCCUCUUGUACAUAAAGAGGAAAAGAAUCUAGUCCAGACUUAUAUUAAGUCAUUAAAGAAAUUGAAACAUGAAUCUCAUAAGAAUGUGCAUCCUCUCAGACAAAACAAGAAAUUAAAGAGUGCUCGGAAACUUGUGACGCGAUUUUCUUCAGAUCUUGAUCAAUUAAGAAUCGUUUAUCAGGAGCAAGAGGAAGUGAAAAGGAAAGUGAAAGAGCAGCGGAAAAUAACAAAUACGCCAUCAAGGUUAGUGGAUGGAUAUGUAGCACCAAAGUCAGGAAGGAAAAGAAAACAAGAUUUCAGUCAUGAGGAAUGGGGUGAGAGUGAUGGAAGGAACAAAAAGAAGAAGGUAAAUGAAGAAGAGAAGGGACAAACACAAGAUAAUCAUAAAACCUUUUCCACUUCAAAGGAAAAUAGAAAUGGAUUUUUGAAAUUGGUAAAGCAAUGGAAGAAAAGUGUUGAAGUUUCUUCUACAGUAACACUUCAAGGAUUAGUUUAUGAUUUUAGCAAUCCUGCUAAAAGAAGAAAAUUCCUCAAAAAGUUGAAAAUUGUCAAGUGGAAGUUUUUAAACAGAGAAUUGACAGAAGAAGAGAGUAUCAGAGCAAUUGAUUCUCAAUUAAUCUCUUUAUAAAUGAACAUACAUAUAUUUUAGCUAAAUUGCAGAUGUAUUCCCUGUGUGUAUGUUGGUAAUUAAAUAAUGUGUUACUGACCUAAACUAUUUCUUUAAGUGUUUGAUUUUGACUUUUUUCUUCUUUAUAUGGGAAAUUUUUGCCCCCAUUUUAUUUUUGCCCUCAUCACAAGUGGGUGAAUUUAAAGUAGGGUGAAUUCAAAGUAAACUGCAUUGUCUCACAACUAUGCCUGGUGAAUUUAAAUUGGGCCAAAAUUGUUUUCAAGUGUGAAGGGGCCAAAAAUAAGACAGGGUGAAAAUACA